AUGGACCGAUAUAAUGGCAGGGUAACUGUAGAGGAAAUGCUUGACUCCAUAUUCAACCGAACGCCGGCAUCUGGUACACAGGCUUAUGAUUGCAGUUCAACUCCUCCUGAAUAUGAACAGGAAGGUGAAGGAGCCCGUCUCGGGAUUUACACGAAGAAUUAUAUGCUAAUGGAGCAAGCGAUGAAACACCCUAGCAAGGCAGAUUCACUGUUGAAAUCAGAACUCCUUUUUGUGAGGUGUUCCUUCUGCCAUAAAACUCGAGAGCUUGCUGCGGCUCGGAUGCACUACGUAUGCUGC